UAACACACAGUGGUGUUUUGAGCAAGUAUGGCGGCUCUCAGCAGAAGCAGCAGAGACGACGGCUGGCCGCUCCGUUUGACAGUGAGCUAAAGCUGUUUGUGUGUGUGUGUGUGUGUGUGGAAGAGAGCAGAGAAAACGAUUUUCUAGUUUUCACACCGACUGAUUAUCUCGUUCGAAGGAUAACAUAAGGAAUCGUCAAGUUAUCUACGUGUGUGUGUGUGUGUGUGUGUGUGUGAGUGAGUGAGUGAGUGAGAGUGAGUGAUGGCUGCAUCACUGUAGUGGGUCGGGCCGAACCUCGUAUCUUCUUCUUGUUUUCUUUUUCUCAUCUCUCCAUUCGGUGCUCUCAUGAACAAACGCACAUGGAUUAUUGUCGAUAGGAAUUGUGCCUAGAAUCUCUUUGGACUUGGUUGGUGGAUUUGCUCAGCACCUCCACCACAAUCGUUGUGUUGCCACCCAGGCACUCCCCAUCAAAACGGAUAAUAGGAGCCAAAAAGAUAUAUCCAGUAACACUUCAGCCACAAUAGGGAACAAGGCGCCGAACGGGCGGUCGACCGGAUCGCCGAAAGAGUCCGGCACCGCGGUCACCAGUGUCAAACUAGUGGCUGUGCCCAGCCCCAACAAGCUCACCACCUCUCAACCCCUGAAACAGGUUCAGUCAAAGAGUGGAGGCGGCCGGCCGAAACCGCAGUCGGUCGAAAAACAGAGCUACGUCGCCUAUGCGGCGGGUGAAACGACGGAUCGCCAGCAGCCGCAGCAUCCGCCGAGCCGCCGCAGCUGGUCGACGGCCAUCGUCAUGGGCUGCUUCGGCCGCAGCUCCUCCAAAUCGGAUGCGGAGGAGAGCAAACGGCGUAAAGAGGCCAACAAGAAGAUCAACCAGCAAAUACAAAAGGACAAGCAAGUCUACAGGGCAACACAUCGGCUUCUUCUGCUCGGAGCCGGUGAAUCGGGCAAGAGCACCAUAGUCAAACAGAUGAGGAUUCUCCACGUUGACGGAUUUAGCGAGGAGGAGAAGAUACAAAAGAUUGAAGACAUCAAAAAGAAUAUACGUGAUGCCAUCCUGACAAUAACAGGAGCCAUGAGCACGCUAACGCCGCCCGUCUCGUUGGAGAAUCCUGCCAAUCAGUUUAGAGUCGAUUACAUUCAGGACGUUGCCUCGCAGCCGGAUUUUGAUUAUCCACCUGAAUUCUACGAUUAUACAGAGGUUCUAUGGCAAGACAGGGGCGUUCAAGCCUGCUACGAACGCUCAAACGAGUACCAGCUGAUUGAUUGUGCCAAAUAUUUUCUGGAUCGAGUGCACAUCGUUAAACGGUCCGAUUACACACCUACCGAACAGGACAUCCUACGUUGUCGUGUCUUGACAUCCGGUAUUUUUGAGACGAGGUUCCAGGUCGACAAAGUCAACUUUCAUAUGUUUGACGUGGGCGGUCAGCGGGACGAGCGGCGUAAAUGGAUCCAGUGCUUCAAUGACGUCACUGCCAUCAUCUUCGUGACGGCCUGUUCGUCGUACAACAUGGUCCUGCGCGAAGAUCCCAGCCAAAACAGACUUCGCGAAUCCCUUGACCUUUUCAAAUCCAUUUGGAAUAACCGGUGGCUCAGGACGAUAUCUGUUAUUCUUUUUCUCAACAAACAGGAUUUGCUGGCGGAGAAAGUUCGAGCCGGCAAAUCUCGUCUGGAUGAAUACUUUCCCGAUUUUUCACGUUACGUCACCCCACCAGAUGCCGCUACCGAACCUGGAGAAGAUGCAGAGGUGGUAAGAGCAAAGUAUUUUAUCCGAGAUGAGUUCCUCCGUAUUUCAACGGCCUCUGGUGAUGGCAAGCAUUAUUGUUACCCUCAUUUCACCUGCGCCGUAGACACGGAGAAUAUCCGGCGUGUCUUUAACGACUGCCGAGACAUCAUCCAACGGAUGCAUCUCCGACAGUAUGAACUCCUUUGAAAAAUGAAGGGAAACAAAAAAAAACUAAAGGAAAAAUUGCCACUCGCGCACAUUUAAGGAAAGAAAGGAAGAAAAAAAAAACAAAACAAACCUGUCCCGCCAUCCUCCCUCCUCUUAUCCCCAGCACACACACCUUAUGCACGUUACCACCCGCUUCGGUGUGAUUCAUUUCCUCUUCGUCAACGAUCCUCCUCGUUCUUUCCUUUUCCCUCUCGCCUGUCCUCUUUUUACCUUCCCAUCGAGUCAUUGGCGUUUCAUAUAGUACUAUAUUAUAUAUCCUUCCCCUCAACUCCAUCCACUCGAUAUGCCAAGAAAGAAAAAGCGGACGAGGAGAUCAAAGUUCUUCUUCUUCUGUCACACACACACACUGACUCUCUCUCUGUCUGUCGUUCUUUCUCCACGUCCAUAAUUUGAAUAUGAUCGUGACGCACAAACAAACCCAAAACAAGCAGCAGCUACUGAGGGAGAGAGAAAAUGUGAAACACAAAACACACAAAUUCACAGAAGAAGAUGUGUGAAAGAAGGAAAAGAAACCAUUUCGUGUGUGUGUGUGUGUGUGUGUGUGUGUGUGUGAGAGCCAGAGUGAGUGUGAGUGGAAUGUCACGGUGUCUGUGUGCGCGCAGUGCGUUUUGUUCUCGCUCUUUUUCUUCUUGUCGAAGAAAAAAACAAAACAAAUUCCGGAUUGGAUUUUAUUGUUUUCUUUUGAAGGAGGAAAGGUAUCGGAAGAAAAAGAAGAGGAAAGAAAAAAAAAUAUGUAAAUCCCGCGGUGUCAUUUUAUUUUUUAUUUUAUUUUGUUAAUUGGGCUCCGUGUGAUUAUUUGCAAAAAGAUGAACAAAAUGGAAUCUUCGUCGUCUUUUCCUACCCAUUGCAAAAGAAGAAAAAAGAAGGCGAUUCGUUUUUAAAGAUAACACAAAUUUCGUACAUGUAUUUUUUAGGUUGAAUAUGUGUUCAGCAACCACAACAAAAUGAAGAAAGAAAAUACCCUCAACAACAAAAACAACAAAUUGUCACCUUUCAUUUUCCAUCCUCCAUUUUUGCGACUCCCACCAGAUGCGCGCGGGGGGCGAUUGGGUUCGAUAAAAAAAAAAGUAAAUUUACUUGAAAAACUCAAAAUGAGUUUUACCUGAAGGGUGAAAAAAAAAAUUUUCAAAAAACAUUGAAAAAGAAACGUAUCUUGUGUCAAAUGAGGCCAGUGUUUUUCGUAUACCCUAUCGCCCCCUUCUCUCGUCCGUGUGCUCCAUUUGAAAAAGAAAAGAAAGAAAAAAAAAAAGGAAAAAUCAAAUUUUGGUUCUUAAUUAUUAUUAUUUGUCUGUGUGUGUGCGUGCGUGUGUGCGUGUCAUGACGGACUGUGCGACGACAAAGUCAUCCCCUCACGAUCCAACCAAACAAACAAAAAAAAAAGGAGAAGAAAACAAAACGUGAGACGGUUGUAAUUUUUUAUUUGUUUGUGUUCGCCUCAUUUGCCAUUCACCUGCCAAAAUUUGUUUUUAUAUUUUUUUCCUUCUUCUAAUUCUUCUUUUCUUUAAUAAAAGAAAAAAAAAAGAAAAAAAAAAAAAGAAUGGAGACAUUUGACCUUUCCCUCCCCCUCGUCACUUAUAUAUGUAUAUACUAUACAUGUAUAUGUCUUUAAAAAAAUCUUUUUAUUAUUCGAGGACACCAAACUUAUUUUGAAAAUUAUUGUUUUAGCAGUGACUUACGUUGCCAAGAAAAGGAAUGAAAUGUUUUUUCUUCUGUUGGUUAUACUUUUAUGUUGUUCUUAAAAGUCGUAUUGAUGAUCCCCUUCCCACCAUGAAAGUUGAAAUUGGGCGAUGGAUCGUGUCAAAUUUCUCUCUCUCUUUCGCAAUCCCAAACGGUUGUCGUCAUCCGCUUGCACAAGACUUUAGAAGCUAAAACGUUAAAAACCACGGACUAAAUUCUUAAACUUAAAAGAAAAAUCGCAGCUAAACUAAUUUGAUAUUAAUUUUAUCAUUUUUUUUUUCAAACUAAAUCUGGCCAUUGUUUUGUUUUUUUCUUAUUUUGAAAUUUGAGUUGAAUCUCCUUUUUUUGUUUUUGGCCGCUAACUUGAAAAGCUAACAUGUUAAAAUUCGUACUUGAUGUACAUUCUAUUUUUUCCAGGCAUGCUAUCAAUUGAAUCUGUUUAUCCACCAGAAUCUUCAGUAGAGAGAAAGAAAGAGAGAGAGAGAGUUAAGAGAUAUGUGACGCCCUGCGAUGGCAAAAAAAAAAAAAAAAAAAAAAAAAAGAUAAGAUGAAAACAAGUAUUUUUACGUCCAUUUCGAUUGUGUAAUCCCCCAUCCCAUGCUCCUUUUUUUCGUGAGAAAAAAAAAGGAAUAUCGGCAAAAUUGUUUGUUUUUUUAUUCACGAUCCCAGUGUCUCCUUCUCUCGCUCCCCAAAUCCCUCCCCCAUGUCCCCCGCCACACACAGACAUGAAAACACCAAGCAUCUUUACCGUCGAUUUUUUUUUUCAAAAACCCGUGACGUUAUUGUAUAUUGUGUACUUGUGAAUAAAAUUUAUGACGUCAUCUUUAACUAAAAA